GUCCACAGAGCGGAUGGCCGUAUUGUGUGUGGCCUGGGUGUUCCACAGAUUGCCUCCUUGUGUGUAGCACAGACAGCUGUUCCCCACAAUGCCGCUGUUUGGGCUGGCUGGGGCCAUGCUUCAGAGAAUCCCAGUUACCAGAAUUACUCCAUAAAAAUGGAAUCAUAUUUAUUGGUGCAGGCUGAGGUACCGGGAUCCCCCAUCUUCAUCAUGAAGCUGGCCACCCACGCCCGUCACCUGGAGGUCCAGAUCCUGGCAGAUAACUACGGUAACGCCAUCUCCCUGUUUGGGAGGGAAUGCUCCAUCCAGAGGAGACAUCAGAAGAUCAUUGAGGAGGCCCCCGCCUAUAUAGCCAAACCUGAGGUGUUCGAAAAGAUGGAACAGGCCGCGGUGACGUUGGCUAAGAUGGUGCGGUAUGUCAGUGCCGGUACAGUGGAGUAUCUGUAUAACGAGGAGACAGAAACGUUCCACUUCCUGGAGCUCAAUCCACGUCUACAGGUGGAACAUCCGUGUACAGAGAUGGUGGCAGACAUCAACCUACCGGCCGCACAGUUACAGAUUGCUAUGGGUCUGCACCUGUACCGGUUGAAGGACAUCAGACAGCUGUAUGAAGUGGAUACCUGGGGGGACAGUCCUAUUGACUUUUCUAACCCCUCCAUACACCCCCGACCCCGGGGCCAUGUCAUAGCAGCCAGGAUCACCAGCGAAAACCCAGACGAA